UGCAAAUCAAGAACAUGAAAGAGGAAGGCAACAAUGAGGUGCAGUGGUUAAGAGCAAACAAUAGGCAUACAUGCAGAAUCAUUUCACCUGAAGAAUACAAAAUGCAAAGCAGAUACCUAAUGUUGUGCAAAGCUGAGAUUGUUAAAAACAAAGACACAAUUCACUCACCGUGCAUAAAGGAAUGCGAUUUCUCUGAAAGCAAAAAUCCUUGCAGCUUUGUCACCAUUUUUCCAAAUCGAAGAACCUGGUCUUCCUUGCAAAUGGACACCUCCUUUGUUCAAAUCGAAAUGCCGCUUUCAAAUAUCCUUUUGCUGUUGGAUUCGUAUCAUCCUAAUCUGAUUUCUUUCCCUGGGGCGUUUCAUUCGCCCUUUACCGUUACACAAUUGAAUGCUUAUGACCGAAUUCCCCAGGCUGUCAUUAACAAAACUUAUCACAACGUAACGGAGACUAAUGUAGUUCAACAGCCCCAAAAGCGAUCGGAUAACAACUCUGUUGAGGAAGUUCGGAGGAAGAGAGGCGUGAUUUCAAAGGUGGAAGUAGAGUUAAGUCGGGCAAGGGCUGCCAUACUGAAAGCUGGCCACUCGCAUAAUGGAGAUGCCAAGCACCAGACAUCAGGGUACGUUCCCAGUGGCGGCAUUUACAGAAACGCCACCAUGUUCCAGCGGAGUUAUGGUGAAAUGGAGAAAGUAUUCAAGAUAUUUGUGUACAGAGAAGGAGAACGGCCUUUAGUUCACCUCGGGCCGUGUAAGGACAUAUAUUCCAUAGAAGGAAGGUUCAUUGACGAGCUUGAACUGGGGAACUCGAUCCUCACAUCGAAUCCCGAGGAAGCUCACGUUUAUUUCCUUCCCUUCAGUGUAGUAAUGAUGGUGAGCCACAUUUACAAGCCAAAAACCUAUGAUUUAACGCCUAUGAAACGGUUUGUGAGUGAUUACAUCGAUGUGAUUUCAAAAAAGUACCCCUUCUGGAACCGUAGCCUCGGAGCCGAUCAUUUCAUCUUGUCCUGCCAUGAUUGGGCGCCAGAGACAUCAAUGGUAAAUCCAUAUUUGUACAAUAAUUCCAUUCGUGUUCUGUGCAAUGCGAACACAUCAGAGGGAUUCAAUCCCUCAAAAGAUGCAACACUCCCAGAGGUGAUGUUGAAAGGCUCAAUGAAAAUUACAAUGGGCGGUCAAUCUGCUCAGGCAAGAUCUGUUCUUGCCUUCUUCGCAGGGGGAAAUCAUGGACGAGUGAGACCUUUACUGAUUCAGCACUGGAAAGGCAUAGACAAAGAUAUACAAGUGAACGAAUAUCUGCCAAAGGGAUUAUCAUAUUAUGAUAUGAUGAAGUCUGCCAAGUAUUGCUUGUGCCCAAGCGGAUACGAAGUGGCCAGCCCUCGGAUUGUGGAGGCCAUUUACAGUGGCUGUGUGCCAGUCAUAAUUUCUGACCAUUAUGUGCUUCCCUUCAGCGAUGUCCUCAAUUGGCCCGCCUUUUCUGUUCAAGUUCCACUCUCUCAAAUACCUAAUCUCAAAACAAUCCUCCAAUCCAUCUCUGUAAAUAGAUAUAUCCAGAUGCAGAGAAGAGUAAUUCAACUCCGGAGACAUUUUACACUCAAUCAGCCUCCUAAACGUUACGAUAUGUUCAAUAUGAUUCUCCAUUCCAUAUGGCUUAGGAGACUAAAUGUUCAACUCCCUUUGAAAUGAUAACAGUAAAAUCUAUACAGAGCAUUAUAAAUUGUAGUACAGUAUUAGGCAAAGAACUGUCAUGUCCAGAAAUAUUUGAGUGGAUUUGACCAGAGCUUUCAUUCUGUUAAUCCCACUGAUGAUUGUAACCAAAACUUUCAUUCUGUUAAUCUGACAGAUUGUUGUAGGUACUAACAAAUUAUAUUGUUUGGCAGUACAACAGAUAUUUGUUGUAAAGGCACGAUGGUUACAGGCCUCAAACUGUGACUAUCUUCUCCCUUUCCCUCUCCUAAGUUUUAAUACAAAUUUAUUCCCUCCACCAACGGCGGUAGUUUUUGUCAAGUUGAGUGUCCUGUUUUC